CUCCCACAUCCCCGCCUCCCGCGCCGGGGGCGGCGGCGGCUGCGCUCGCACCGCGCGAUGCCCAGUCACCGCAGCGCCUCCGCCGCCGCCGCAGUCCGCCGCGCCACCGCCACCGCCACCGCCACCGCCACCGCCACCGCCACCGCCACCGCCACCGCCACCGCCACCGCCACGGCCGCCCCUGCCGCAGCGCGGGCGGCCGGGAGCCAACAGCCCACAGCCGGGAGCAGGAAGGGGCCGCCGAGCUCCCGCGCGCUCCCGUCCGUCGCCGCGCUGCAUCCACAUUGAUUUUCUCCCAUCCCUUUCUUUCUUUCAGGAACGGCUGCCCUGGAGCUCGGGUCUCCCCUGGAGCCUACAGCGACGCCUCGGGCGCGAACACAAAGACUCCGACGGCGGCCGGCGGGGCCAGCAGAGCGCGCGGGAGCCGGCGCCAGAGGUCGCCGGUGCGCGCCCGAACCGAGCCCGGGGCACCAUGGCGCGCCGCCUGCAUACCCGGGGCGCGGGCACCAAGGGCCCUCCCGACCCCCCGGCCAAGGCCGCCGCCUCCGAGGACUCCCCGGCGUCCGCCAAGCCGCUGCUGCGCUGGGAUGAGGUGCCUGACGACUUCGUGGAGUGCUUCAUCCUGUCGGGCUACCGGCGACUGCCGUGCACGGCGCAGGAGUGCCUGGCCUCGGUGCUGAAGCCUACCAACGAGACACUCAACUUCUGGACGCACUUCAUCCCGCUGCUGCUGUUCCUGAGCAAGUUCGGCCACCUCUUCUUCCUGAGCGGAGGCGACGUGCCCUUCCACCACCCGUGGCUGCUGCCGCUGUGGUGCUACGCCUCGGGGGUGUUGUUGACCUUCGCCAUGAGCUGCACGGCGCACGUGUUCAGCUGCCUGUCGCUGCGCCUGCGCGCCGCCUUCUUCUACCUGGACUAUGCGUCUAUUAGCUACUAUGGCUUCGGCAGCACGGUGGCCUACUACUACUAUCUGCUGCCCAGCUUGAGUUUGUUGGAUGCGAGAGUCAUGACCCCCUAUGUGCAACAGCGCCUGGGCUGGCACGUGGACUGCACGCGUCUGAUCGCCCUUUACCGUGCGCUCGUGCUGCCCGUGGCCUUCUUGCUGGCCGUGGCUUGCACGGUGGCCUGCUGCAAGAGCCGCACCGACUGGUGCUCCUACCCUUUCGCUCUGCGCACCUUUGUCUUCAUCAUGCCGCUCAGCAUGGCCUGCCCUAUCAUGCUGGAGAGCUGGCUCUUUGACCUGCGCGGCGAGAACCCCACGCUCUUCGUGCACUUCUACCGCCGCUACUUCUGGCUGGUGGUGGCUGCCUUCUUUAACGUGAGCAAGAUACCCGAGCGCAUUCAGCCCGGCCUCUUCGACAUCAUUGGCCACAGCCACCAGCUCUUCCACAUCUUCACCUUCCUCAGCAUCUAUGACCAGGUGCACUAUGUGGAAGAGGGCCUGCGCCAGUUCCUCAAGGCGCCGCCCGCAGCACCCACCUUCUCAGGCACCGUGGGCUACAUGCUGCUGCUGGUGGUGUGUCUGGGGCUGGUCAUCAGGAAGUUCCUCAACCACAGCGAAUUCUGCAGUAAAAAGUGAGCCUCCGGCCUCAGUGGAGGCUGUUGGUGCGCCCACCUAUUUGUUUGGAAUUUCUGUUGUUGCUAUUGUUAAUUUGUUUUCAAGUUUUGUUAUGUUUCCUUCUUUGCUCAAGGAGGGUGCUGCAAAACCACAGGGGAGAAGUCCAAGGUGACCAGGGGGUUGGGGGUGGGGGUGUUUCAGUGCACUUGGAACUUUGGGAAAGGGAAGUCGGUCAGGCAGAAUGGAGUGGGCCACAGGUUCUUGCCCUUGGAAAAAAAAUUCAAGUGGUGUCCGUGAUAUUCAGGGAUUUUCCAAGAGCAGCAAAUAAAACCCCAAACGUGUGAUUUUCCAGUCCUCCUCUGUGGCAUGGGUAAUGACCAGUAGUAGCCCUUGUGAGGUCAGGGAGGCAGUGGGGUGGGUACGUGGACAGAAUCCCUGGGUACUUCCAUUUCAGUCUCAAGAAUGCUUAGAUUUGUCAAAAGAAAGGAGCUUGGUAGGAAACUUGCACAAAGACACAAACCCAGGGCUUCAUCUGCUAGAAAAUGCAUGGAAUGUGAACACAAUUAUUUCAAAAUGUUUCUCAUGAUGUUUAAAUAUUAAUAUAUAUAAUGAUUUUUCAUAAUUUAUCAAAGCCUGUGAUAUGCACUGAAUUUUCUUUGUCAUGUAGUUAUGAUUUGUUUGCAGAUCUUCUGCAGUUCCUACACUCGAACUGGACAUCAGGGCAAGCUGCUUGACAGUUCUCAACUGCUUUUAUUAUUAAUUUUUUAACAGUGUUUUCUGAUGGCCUGUGUGUGUCACUAUACAACUGUGAAUUAUAACACUUUAGGGACUCUGGUUAAAACUAUUGGUGGGGAGCUCAGUGGUUUGUAUGGAUCCCAGAUUCCUGCUGACUUUAAUGUAUUCCACAAAACCCCAUCCUAUUUUUUUUUUGUCUGUUUUCAGUGUCAUCCUUUUAUUCUCUACUUAUUUAAAUUGCCACUGGAAUAAAUGUGCCUUUUGAAGCAACACCCAAACGACUGAUCCUCAAACACAGUUUCUUGUGGGAAGAGCAGUAGUAGUAAACUUUCCUUACUUUACUAUAAAUCAAGCCCUUGACUCCAGCCAAAACGGAAGGAAGAUGGUAUUGAUUUUAAGUCAUUGAUAGGACCAGAUGUAGCUUCAGGACAUACAAGAACCCAUGUGACUAUGGUUCCUAGUGCAGCCAUCCAGGAAGGCGAGAGAAAACCACUUUAGACUGAUAUAUGUAUCCUUACUUCAGAUUUACAGUAUAAUAUUCCAGAGUAAAUUUUUCAGUUUUAUUAUGAAAGUCAAGGACAUGUAACUUGAGUUGUAGCUGAAUGGAGGGAGGGGCUAGGUAAGAUUAUUAUAUUGCCUGCCUAAGUACUGAAGUCUGACUGUGGAAAUUAAUGGAAAUCACCCUAAAUAGUUAACUGUUUUUUGAUGACACCCCUGAGCUCCAAGAAUCCAUUGGCUUGUGUUAUUUAAGGCAUUUCUUCAAAAUACUAACCUGUGCUUGAGAUCCCAACUCUAGAUUAACACUGGCCACUGAGGUAGCUUAUUUACUUAUCACACUUCUGACAAAUCCUUGGGAUAAGAGUCAAAUUAGGCACUGAAUGGGGGCGGUUGAGUUCUUAAUAUUAUUUAGAUCAAGCACUUAAUGUAAAUGGAUACUUAGCUAUGGUAGGCUGGGUCUCCUAAAAAUAUUUCUAUUUUUAUUUAUGCUUGUUAUCACCUCUGUGUUUGUAAAUAGAGAAGUCCCUGGAGGAACCAGUAGUCCCUUUGUGUGUUAGUUUGCACACUGAAGUUCACUUUCCAUGUGUUUAUUGUUUAAUCCUCUUAAUACUAUUGCAAAUAUAUUGUACUUGGUUUAUUUGC